AGCUGGCCGCGCGUCCGGCCGGUGCCCGCCGCCGCGCGCUGAUUGGCUGGCCCCGGGCCGGCGGCGGCGCUGAGUGGUCGGGCAGAUUCGCUGGGUCAGGGCUGCAGAGGUGCCUGGCGCACCGACGGGAGCGGAGCCGCGGCGCGCGCUCGCCCGGAACGCCGGCCGCCCUCCCGCCCGCUCGCCCGCAGGAGCGAGCGGCCCGGGGCGCCGAGGGGGCCCGCGCGGGGCUGUGCGCCGCCGCCGCCGGCCGCCAUGUGCUCCCAGCUCUGGUUCCUGACGGACCGGCGGAUCCGCGAGGACUACCCGCAGGUGCAGAUCCUGCGUGCCCUCCGGCAGCGCUGCUCCGAGCAGGACGUACGCUUCCGGGCGGUGCUCAUGGACCAGAUCGCCGUCACCAUCGUCGGCGGCCACCUCGGCUUACAGCUGAACCAGAAGGCACUCACUACUUUCCCAGAUGUGGUGCUUGUGCGGGUGCCCACACCCUCAGUUCAAUCAGACAGUGACAUCACCGUCUUGCGACACCUAGAGAAGUUGGGUUGCCGCCUAGUCAACCGCCCACAGAGCAUUUUAAACUGCAUCAAUAAAUUCUGGACAUUCCAAGAGCUGGCUGGACACGGUGUCCCCAUGCCAGACACAUUCUCCUAUGGUGGGCAUGAAGACUUUUCAAAAAUGAUUGAUGAAGCCGAGCCCCUGGGCUACCCAGUUGUGGUGAAGAGCACGCGAGGACAUCGAGGCAAAGCUGUUUUCCUUGCAAGAGAUAAACAUCACCUCUCAGACAUCUGCCAUCUGAUCCGCCAUGAUGUACCCUACCUGUUCCAGAAGUAUGUGAAGGAAUCACAUGGAAAAGAUAUCCGAGUGGUGGUGGUAGGGGGCCGAGUGAUAGGCUCCAUGCUUCGUUGCUCCACAGAUGGACGAAUGCAAAGCAACUGCUCUCUCGGUGGUGUGGGUGUCAUGUGCCCACUGACGGAACAAGGCAAGCAGCUGGCUAUUCAAGUGUCCAACAUCCUGGGCAUGGACUUCUGUGGCAUUGAUCUCCUCAUCAUGGAUGAUGGCUCCUUUGUGGUGUGUGAGGCAAAUGCCAACGUUGGUUUCCUGGCAUUCGACCAGGCGUGCAACUUAGACGUGGGUGGGAUCAUUGCAGACUACACCAUGUCCUUGCUGCCAAGCAGGCAGGCGGGGAAGAUGGCCCUCCUCCCGGGACUGUCUAGUCCCAGGGAGAAGAAGGAGCCAGACGGCUGUGCCUCAGCUCAGGGAGUCACAGAGAGUGUCUACACCAUUAACAACGGGUCUACCUCCAGCGAGAGUGAACCCGAACUGGGAGAGACCCGGGAUUCCUCAGCCAACGCCAUGGGGGCCCCGUCCCCCAUGCUGCCCGAACCAGGCUACAACAUCAAUAACAGGAUUGCAUCGGAAUUGAAACUAAAGUGAAUUCCUGCUUUUUGGCAGCAUUGAAACCAAACCCUACAGCUUCCUUAGUCGUUUUGAGUGAAUAAAAUCUGGACUAGUGUGAUUUCAUUUGCACAGAAACUAGAAAUCCCAUCUGGACACUCAGCAUUCUUUCUAACGAUGAUUUAAGCAAAUGGCCUGGCUUUGUGGUUUUUACAAUGACUAAUAAUAAAAACCCUCACCAAGAGCAGCAUCCUGACUGAUCGAUUUGAGACCGAUGUCUGCUGCAAGCACUUGGAUAUAAUGGCUGACGUUAAGGCGCUGACUCUGUGUUGCUGCUUCUGGCUUUUAGCAGUAGAGCUCAUUAACUCGGAAUGGCUCCUGGAAAUCCUGUUCUCUAAUACAACCACGAGAUGGGAGCAUGUGCAGAAGUGGUGGAAUGUGACUGCAGUAACGUUCUCUUCCUUAAGUGUGUGUAUGAUGCUUGGGGGAUACUCAAUUCAAACACUAUUAGAGAAUCGAUCUCUGUUCCCCAUCAUUCGCCAUCUUGACCAUAUUUCUCUAAUACUCAGGUUAUGAUGUUUUAGAGAGUUCCUUCCUUAGCAUUUUCAAUGAAGCACUUUGUAGAAAGCGAGAUUGAAUGCCCUUUGACUUCACUGGUUAUCAAAUGACCUGCUUUGUAAUUGGGGCUUUCUACAAAUUGCUUUGCCACUCCUAAUUUAUAGAACUUGCUUCAACUAAUGCCAGCAGCCUCUUGCACCUUUGCUGCCUUUGGCCGCAGCUGGAAAUGCACUUCAAAGAGCUAGUGGCCACACACUUAAUUUCUUAAAUGUGUACUAGAAUCCAUCCCCAUGGACAUUCUUUUCAGUGGACUCAUAGGAAGCUACUGGAAAAUCAUCAUUCUUUCCCCUCCUCUACUGAAUCUUUUGUACUGCUUAGCUCUCAGAGGUUUUAUUGUAUGAGUUGGUGUUAUGUGCCCAUUGGGUAGAUAGAGCCAUUGGAAACACUCUCCAACCCUUGACAUUCUAGUCUUAUCCAGGCUCCAGAGACCUGUCCUCACCCACUUUUCCAAACUGGGAGACUCAGAUAUCAGGAAUUAUUCAUUGCACAUUUUGGGGGCUAAUGUAGACAUGACACCAAGUGCUUUUCAUUUUAACUCUUCAAGCAGUAGAUGAUGAUCCUUCCCUUGGGAGAAUUCAUGCAGACGGAGUUUUCCAUUUCUGCUUAUAGAAAGUAUGACUGUAAAUGAGCAAGGCUACCUUUUUAACCAAAUACACUGAAACAACAUAUGCAUUCAAGAGUUACUGUAAUUGAAGUUAAUUCUUUGUGAGACUAUACUUUUGAGCUGUGAUGUUGCAUAUGCCAAGAACAUUUAGAAUUCCUCUUUUUGGGGUUAUCUUUGAAGGCAUGCAAAGAAAGAGGCCUCACAUCUUUAUAGUCAGACCUUGUUUUUAUAACCCUCCCCACUUUGCCAGAAGUAGUCACAAGCUCCAUCACUCAUUUUCAUUAUCAGACUUAUUUCCUAAUGCUCUUUGACUAUUUUUUUUUUUGAUCAUCUCUCAAAAAAAUAAAUCUAUUCUUAUAGGACAAAGAUUUGCCAAUGUUGAGAAAGCUUACAAGAGGACAGUUUCCAAAGGAGUUUCUAGAAAUGUUCUGAUUAAGGUUAGCUUCACUGGAAUACACAUGCAUCUUCCCAAGGUAACUACUUUGAAGGCACAAACACCCAUUCGGGUAUAUAAAUUCCUGUACACUAUUUCAUAGUCACAUCUUGUAUUUAUUCUGCUGUAAAUGUAAAAUGUGUAUAAAAUCAAACUAUUACAUUUUUUCACAACACAUUUAAGUAUAAAUUGGCUUUUAAAAUAUUGUGGCUAAAACCAGAUCUCACCAAAUAACAGUUGUGCAAUUGAAAAAUGUUUGGCACCAUGUAAUUGAGAUGUCACACUACACAGUUGUAGUUUAAAUGCAGUCCAACAUAGGGCAUGUGCCACUGGACUGUAAUUCUAGUAAUGUGUCUUGUACAAUUGAAAAAUGAUACUACAUCGCCUUUAUAUAAGUUAAGACAUGUACCUUAUCUUUUGCCACUCAGGGUGGGUUUAGAAAAAGGAUAAUUUGGGGUUUGUUCUCACUGAAAUUGGCCAGAUGUUUUCUACCUAAACAUCUGAACCAAGCAAUGCCCUUCUGGAAGCUGCAUUCACUCAUUUCCACUAUUUAGUCUAAACCCAGUCUCCCCACUUUAUCUAAAAGGAUGCUAGCAGGGUCCCACCCUGAUCAGAGAAGCUAGACAGUGCUUCCAGAUUCCAUUACCAAAAGUGGCCCAUUUCCCAGCUGUUAGUGACAUCUGUAGUCACUGGAAUUAUCGCCUGGAACCUAGCCCUGUUUAGGAGCAGGGAGAGCUGGAUCACAGCAGGAUCACAGCCCCUCCAGGACUGCCCAUGCCACAGCCUAGCGGUGAGCCCGGUGUGCCUUAGGCAGGAGGCACUUGUCACAGCUGCCUGUAGUUCUGCUGAAAAGAACAUGGGACACAGAGUUAGCCAGAUCUUGUUCUGGCUCUCCCCCUAAACAGCUGAUUGGCCUUCUACAAAUCACAUGGAUUCUGUAUCCUCCAUUUUUCCAUACUUCAGAUAGGAAUAAUGCUAUUCUCCUUACCUCUUGGGGGUGCUUUAAGGUUGCAGUGAGUUAAUGAGACUCACAUAAUGAGACUGUGCAUUAUGUGAGUAGAGGACCUCCCAGAUCUGGUUUUGUAAGUUUCCCAUCACCCCUCAUUUGAGGGAGUUAAGAAAGAAAGAAGCCAUGAAUUCUUGGCAUUAGCAUUACUGAACAGUGGUAGGGGCCUGAAAAAGGAAUACAGCUUCUCAGAGGCCUUACUUCCAACCAGGGAAGCUUAAGCCCUUAAAGGAGGAAGGCUUUUAGUGUAUUCAGCCUUUCAGAUGUAUUCUAUAUAACCUGAAACCCUUCACACUCGUAUACUAACUAACAAAGUCUUCCUUAUGUAAUAUAGAUUGCAGUGUCUAUAUAUGGUCUCCAAUUAUUUGGUAGCUGCAUCUUGAAACUGGACAAAACUUGAAUGCCAAUAGUUCAGUCACUGUGAAUAUAUAUGAUUCUGCACUUGGGAAAAAUGUCUUCAUGCAUCUGUCCAAUUGCUGGGGGCUGUGAAGUCACCAGAAUGUGGUUUUGAGCUUUAAGUCUUUAGGAGCUGAUAAGCAAUAUAAGUGAAUCAUAAGCCAUUGGUGUCACAUGUGCAGGUUCAUUGCUCCCAGCAAAGAGAGGAGUCCAUGAUGUCUGAGAGUGGGGCAAAAAGGAAAGGGAAAGGAAGAGGUCUGGGAUAAUAAUUCUGUGGCAUUUCAGUGGAAGAAAUAAGAAAUUGGGAUCAUUAGGCAUUCUAGUGGGAAGGAGGAAGAAAUGGCCCUUCGGUGGGUUGUUUUCAUGAAAGAAACAUGAUUAUCGCUAAAUUAGAGGUAGGAACCUUUGAAGUUAUUCUGCAUAAAGAUAAUGAGAUGCAUGGAUUCCCAUCCACCCAGGAGAAGUGACGGAGGCAUGCCUCCUCCCUUCUUUUAAGUCCUGAUGAAUUCUGUUCUUGAGCACACUCUGAAUACAAAUUAGGUGAAGACAAAAGGAGCUAGGCUGAGAGUUUUGGGAUCACCCAAGAAACAGCUGACCCUUCUAGAAGUUAAUAGACCAGAAUAACAUGGACACGUAAGUACGCCCAAAACCACAGCUCUCUGAGGUGAGUUUAAGGAGCCAGGUUAGAGAGUGAAUCCAAUGUCAGUCAAACAAGUCACUUCAGCUAAUACUUUCCUUUGCACUGGAGGUGAGGCUUCUGUUUGCUGUGAAUUUGUGCAGAUGUUUUGGGCUGGGCUCCUGACAACAGCCAUCUUUGUCACUGUUACUGAAGUUAGUGUUCUUCAUUCUGGGGUUAAUAGGAAACCUGGUGCUGCUUUUUACUCGGCCUCUAAGAGUCAAGACUAGUACAGAUCAUUGCUUUAAAAUUGUUUUACCUGAAAGACCAUCUCUCCCAAGAAUAUUAUUUUAAUUAUUUCCUAAAAAUAGAUUACACCUCUAUUCCUAGUCUAUGGCUAGAUUCUCCAGCUCUCCUUUCUAAAACUCACAGUUAUAUACUCGGACUUUCUUUCUUCAAACCUGUCAAUUUCUUUCUCCAGGUGCAGUUUCCUUGCUGAUGGUUUUGGGCCUUAUGUUGCCAUCCCCACCCUGUUUGGCAACCUCACUCGGCUAUUUCAUGGUCACUAUGAAGCAAUACUGAGGAAGCCAUGUAUAGUGCCAAAUUUGGGGCCACAGAAGAAGAGCAGCACUCUGGAGAUUACUCCAGUCCCCUAUUUUACAGAUAGGGAAUCUGAAUCCCAGAGGGCCAAGGUCACUUAACUAGUGAGCAGCAAGGCUGGGACUCAAACCCAGGCAAUCUGACUCCCCAUCUUAAUUUACCAUACUGCCAGAGGUGGCUCUAUUCUUCCAUGGGGUCUAGUACUUGCUGCCAUCCUGGACCUACCUGGACUCCCCUCCUGAUGAGCCUCUGCUCUGGAUCAACAUGGUGUUGCUGUGCCAGCUAUAAAGGGUUCAGCUCUUGGAUGGCUUUUAGGUGAGACACAUACGAGAUUUCACAAAGGCACAUAUGAAAUUUCCAUGGGGCAAACUGACCCAUGGCCUGUGCCUUCUUUAGACCAGUCAAGACCAUUUAGCCCUACUCCACAUCAACAAUGAUGAGAUAUAAGAGAGAAGGACUAUGCCAAGCUGGCAGAAGUCUUCCUAGUCCCUAUAUGGCUGAUGUUACUUCCCUGUGGAAUGUUUUGGGGGCCAAGGGGUUGAAGUUUCCAAACUCUUCGCAUCAGGAACACCUGAGAGGGAAUCCUGUUUGAUAGACAUGUUCCAGUUGCAAAAGUUUCAUCUGACUUUCAGGUCCACAGUUAAUCUCCCUUGCAGCCAGUCACUAGGCACAGAUUGUUUCCAGUUGUAUCCCAUAUGCCAUAUGUCAGCUGAGGACUCCCUGUCCCUUGACAUCUAAACAGGUCUGAAAACUCUGGACUUUAGAGCUAAGCAUUUGGAUUUCUGUGAUGUCCAAGGGACUUAUAUUUUGCAGGCACUGCUGACUUCAGACUUCUGCUACCUCAUUUCAAACAACAGUGUUGACUCAGCCCUGCCCUGCAUCAGCUGAGACAUGAAGCUCAGUUCCUUCCCCCAUUUUCACACACCAAAAUUCAAAUGAGGCUGUGUGUGCAUACAUGUAUGUAUGUGUAUGUUUCAGUGAUGUGGGAGGAGAUGGAGGACAUUGCAGCAAUACAAACACAGCAUCCCCUUUCAUUAAAUGUCCUUCUGUUACACUGCAGAUAAAUCUUCCCUCACCCUCCACCCCACAUGGUUCCUGUCUCUCCCUUCUUCAGGGCAAACCAAAUUCAUGUAUGAUCUCAGGUACAGCAGUAUUGCCAUUCCUUUUCUUAUUUGACUCCUGCCAACACUUUUACCUUUAAGUCUUUACCUUCUACCACAGGUGGUUUAUUAAAGGCAUUUUCCUAAACAGAGAUGGCACCUGCCUCAGGAGGAACUCAGGUGCCAUCUCUUAAGAUGAUACAGUUUUCAUUCCCCCACAAUAACCAGGCAUGAUAACAAACACAUGUUAUCACGAGUUUGCCCCUGGCUGUCAGGAUCAUAUCUAAUGGAAGGUAACCCGGUCUAAUAUAAAUGGCACCCACUGAAUCAGACAGACCUAGUUCAAAUCUUGUCUUGAAUAACUUACAGCUUUUGUGACCUAGGGAGCAUCACUUAAUCUCAAUAAACUUUAGUUGCCUCACGUAUAAAUGUGAUAUACAUGAAUGUGAAGCACUUAGCUACAUGCCUGGCUUUUAGCAGAUUGCUUUCCUCUUGCUCCCUCCAUUGCCAGCAGUUACAGACAGCUCCUUCCCUCGAUCAUGGCUCACUGCUAGGGGAGAAAAGCUGCAAAUAGCAGCUUUACAGCAGGGAAUAAUUGAUACUGUGAGGUAGGGUUGGUGUCUGCUCAAGAAUGCUGUGGUUUGGGCUGGAUGAUCGGAAUGUUCCAUCCAUCCCUGAGUUUCUAUAAUGCUAGAGUGAAAGGAGAUGUAUUUGAUUUAGAAAACUCCUGGAGGAAAGGAUGCCUUGGACAACUGGGAGGCUGAAAGGCUGAAGAGCAGCCUGACCUUGGAUGAUUUAGCACCUGUUUUUUGUUUUUUUUUUUUUUUUUGCUUUUCCUGUAUUAGGUUUGCUGGCUUUGCAACAAAUGGUAGGAGGAAGUGCCAGGGACUUGAAUUAAAUCUGUC